UGUCAAAAGCCAUACAAACAUUCAAUAUUCACAAUUUGAGUUUAGCGUGUUUAGUAUUUCGGCAAUAAAUAACUCAAAUAAGCAGCUAGUUGCCAAGAAAUACAACAGCAAAUUGAAGCAUUGCAAUGGAUGUAGCUGACGCACAAAUUGGACAAUUACGCGUAAAGGAUGAGGUUGGCUUACGCUGUCAAAAACUCUUUCAGGAUUUCUUAGAAGAGUUUAAAGAAGACGGUGAAAUAAAAUAUGUGAAACCUGCAGCAGAUUUGGAAUCGCCAGAUCGGUAUACACUAGAAGUGUCUUUCGACGAUGUGGAAAAGUACAAUCAGAAUUUGGCAACAACAAUUAUCGAAGAAUACUAUCGCAUCUACCCAUUCCUGUGCCAGUCCGUUUCAAAUUUUGUCAAAGACCGUUGUGGUUUAAAGAACGAAAAAGAAUGUUACAUCUCCUUCACUGAUGUGCCCACGCGACAUAAAGUACGUGACUUAACAACAUCCAAAAUUGGCACAUUGAUACGCAUAUCUGGUCAAGUGGUACGUACACAUCCAGUGCAUCCUGAACUGGUGUCUGGCACAUUCAUGUGUAUGGAUUGUCAAACUGAAAUACGCAAUGUAGAACAACAAUUCAAGUUUACCAAUCCAACCAUUUGCCGCAAUCCUGUAUGCAGUAAUCGGCGUCGCUUCAUGCUGGAUGUGGAGAAAUCGCUUUUCGUUGAUUUUCAAAAAAUACGCAUACAGGAAACACAAUCAGAGCUGCCGCGUGGCUGCAUACCACGUUCAGUGGAAAUCAUUUUACGUUCAGAAUUAGUGGAAACUGUGCAAGCUGGCGAUCGUUAUGAUUUCACUGGUACAUUAAUAGUGGUGCCCGAUGUGGGUGUCUUAAAUAUGCCGGGCGCCAAAGCUGACAUGGGUUCGCGGCAUAAACCAGGCGAUGGUCCGGAGGGCGUAUCAGGUUUAAAAGAAUUAGGCACACGUGAACUCAACUAUCGCAUGUCCUUUUUGGCUUGCAGCGUACAAACAACAACUGCGCGUUUUGGUGGCACCGACUUGCCUAUGUCCGAGGUAACAGCAGAGGAUAUGAAAAAACAAAUGACUGAUGCCGAGUGGAAUAAGGUAUACGAAAUGUCCAAAGAUCGUACUUUGUAUAACCACCUCAUCACCAGUCUGUUUCCCUCCAUCUACGGAAAUGAUGAGGUCAAGCGUGGUGUACUGUUGCAGCUAUUUGGUGGUGUGGGCAAGACUACGCAUGAAAAAACAACUUUGCGUGGCGAUAUCAACGUAUGUAUUGUAGGUGAUCCCAGUACCGCAAAAUCACAAUUUCUUCGACAAGUCGCUGACUUUUCACCGCGCGCUGUUUACACUUCUGGCAAAGCUUCCUCUGCAGCUGGUCUUACCGCCGCUGUAGUGCGUGAUGAGGAGAGUUUCGAUUUUGUCAUUGAAGCCGGCGCGCUUAUGUUGGCCGACAAUGGCAUUUGUUGCAUUGAUGAAUUCGAUAAAAUGGAUCCACGCGAUCAAGUCGCCAUACACGAAGCUAUGGAACAGCAAACAAUUUCCUUAGCAAAAGCUGGAGUGCGUGCCACCUUAAAUGCGCGCACUUCCAUUUUGGCCGCCGCCAAUCCAAUUAAUGGACGUUAUGACCGUACAAAGAGUUUACAACAGAAUAUACAAUUGUCAGCGCCAAUUAUGUCACGUUUCGAUUUAUUCUUCAUACUCGUAGACGAAUGCAAUGAAGUGGUGGACUAUGCUAUAGCGCGUAAGAUUGUCGAUUUACACUCGCACAUUGAAGAGUCCGUUGAGUGUGCGUAUACGCGCGAAGAAGUGUUGCGCUACAUAACAUUUGCCCGUCAAUUCAAACCGAUUAUCGGUCAAGAAGCAAUGAAAUUGCUUGUAGAGAAUUAUGGUCACCUGCGUCAGCGGGACACUGGUAUUGCCGGCCGUAGCACAUGGCGUAUCACAGUACGUCAGCUGGAGUCAAUGAUACGUCUGAGCGAGGCCAUGGCCAAACUGGAGUGCAUGAAUGAAGUGCAAGAACGACAUGUUAAAGAAGCCUAUCGUUUACUUAACAAAUCAAUUAUACGUGUCGAACAGCCUGAUAUACAUUUGGACGAUGACGAGGGCAAUGAAGAUGCAUAUGUGGCUGAUGUGGAUAUGGAAAAUAAUGGGGGUGCAGCUAAUGGCGCAAGCAAUACGAUUGCAACUGAAGGUGCCGAAGUAGAAGAUGGCGUUGAAGCAAGCGGUAGUGUGCUGCAAAAGAAAAAGCUCACUCUAUCAUUUGAAGAUUACAAAAAUCUAUCUACAAUGUUGGUUUUGCAUAUGCGUAAUGAGGAGGCACGCUGCGAAACAGAAGGCAUCGAUUCGGGUAUGAAACGCAGUGAUGUUGUUACAUGGUAUUUGGAACAAGUCGCGGAUCAAAUUGAAUCCGAAGAGGAACUUAUCUCACGUAAACAUUUAAUUGAGAAAGUUAUCGAUCGUUUAAUAUAUCAUGAUCAAGUUAUUAUACCAUUAAAGACAACCGAAUUGCGACAACCGGGUAAAAGUCCGCGUCGACCCGAUGACGAAACGGAGGAGCCAGACGAUCCAUUAUUGGUCGUACAUCCCAAUUACAUUGUCGAAUAGAGAGUGCUGUCUUCAGUGUUCGAAAUUUACCAGUUUCGCACACUAUUACAUUUUUUCCAUACAAUCAGUUUAAUGUUAAAUAGAAUUAAGUUUUAUGUUAUCAUAUGCAUUUUAUUUCAAACAUUGAUCGUUAAAAAGCUAUUCGCUGUCCAGUACAAAUAAAGAAAAUUCAAAAACUAA